CCUUAGCGGGGUGAUUCGGAAGCGCUGAACCAGGUGGAUCCCGCGAACCAGCGAUGGCGACACCUCCGAUGGCGGGAAACGCAUUGUUCGACGGAGCUGCGCCGCCGCCGCCACAACCUCCGGGAACUGACAUGACAGGAAUAUGCUUCCGAGACCAGCUUUGGCUCAACACUUACCCUCUCGAUCGCAACCUAGUGUUCGAUUAUUUCGCCUUAUCCCCCUUCUACGACUGGACCUGCAACAACGAACAACUUCGUAUGCGCUCAAUCCACCCUCUUGAUCCCUCUCAAUUAUCGAAAAUGACGGGCAUAGAGUAUAUGCUUAGUGAAGUCAUGGAACCGCACCUUUUUGUUAUUCGCAAGCAAAAGAGAGAUGGCCCUGAGAAAGUUACGCCGAUGCUAGCUUAUUACAUCUUGGAUGGUUCAAUAUACCAAGCACCACAGCUAUGCAAUGUUUUUGCUGCUCGAAUUGGAAGGGCACUAUAUCAUAUACAGAAGGCUUUUAGUACAGCUGCAUCGAAAUUGGAGAAGAUAGGAUAUGUUGAUUCUGAAAAUGAGCCUGCAGUGCCAGAAGCGAAGGCUGAUAAAGAGACAAUUAACAUAAAGGAAGUUAUGCGGGUGGAUCACAUUCUUGCAUCCCUACAGCGUAAGCUGCCUCCAGCUCCACCUCCGCCACCAUUUCCUGAAGGCUACACUCCGCCUCCAACUGGGGAAACUGAGAAAGCACCGGAAGGUCAAGAAGCAGGAGAGUCUCAAGCUCCUCUUAUUGAUCCUAUAAUUGAUCAAGGACCUGCAAAGAGGAUCAAAGUUUGAUAUAAAAGAGAGAAACUGCAAUUACUAUGGAGAUUUUCCCGCUAAGAAAAGGCCGUUGUUAUUAACCGGUGGCCUGUGGUCUCCCUUGCUAGAACACGAUGAGCUUCAUGCAGCCCUCUCUUUUUUUUUUUUUUUGGGGGGGGGGGGUGUAACUCAUGUUAGAUAACAGAUGAUGUUCUGGUCCGGUGUGGAUAUUAUCAGCUAGGCUCACUGUAAUUUGAUAAUAUACUUCGGCAUCUGAAAGUGCAUAAUUGAUAGUAUAACCAGAAUCAAUCUUGAGUUCUGGAUAAAGUGUCAAACCAAUCAUGAAAGACCAAGUUUGUAAAAAUUAUAUCAUUUUCAUGGAAAAAUGGUCGCCUUAGCAUUUUGACAUUUGGAA